AUGCUCCCGACCACCUCGACGUCGUCGCUGCACCAGAUCGCCGUUGCUGCUCCCCACCCGACGAAGACGUCCCCACAGCCGCCUUACCAUGCCCUCGUUGCGAACAGACAGGUUGACACGCGCAACUUCGUGAACCAUCUCCACAAUGCUCUUGAGCGAAACAAGAUAAGGGCGUUCCUUGACCAAAGUCUGGAAAGAGGACUAGAGAUUGCACCAGCAAUCAAUGAAGUAAUAGAGCAGUCGAGGAGCGCCAUUGUGGUCAUCUCUCAGACCUUUGCCUCCUCGCCGUGGUGCCUGGACGAACUGGAUAAGAUCCUUGAUUGCAAGGAAAAGAAAGGCCAGCUGGUGUUCCUCAUUUUCAUGGAUGUCGACCCCAGAGAAAUGCGUGAGCAGUCCGGAUCUUUCACGUGGAUCGGCCAAAGCGAGAAGGGUUUUGGGCAGGAGAAUGCCGACAAGGUCCGGAGGUGGAGAGACGCUCUCCGAAAAGCCGGCAACCUCACUGGUUGGUCUCUUGGAAACAGACUUGAAGCGGAAUUCAUCCAAUAUGUCGUGGAGAAAAUCUCGAGAAGACUAAGUUGCUCAUACACGAGCCUAUUUGCUUUCCAUUCAGUUGCGUUAGAUUCUCAGGUACAAGCGUUGUUCUCCUUACUCCGAUUAGAGGUUGAGGAGGUCCGAAUCCUGGGAAUUUCCGGCACAAGGGGGAUAGGAGACCCUUUUGCUAACAUUCUCAGCGAUGGAGUUUCAGAGUUCAGCAAUGAUAUUCAUGUAGUAACAAAUUUCAUGAGGAGUAAGCUUCACAACAUGAGGGUUUUGUUGGUGUUUGAUGAUGUUGAAGGAUUGUUGGAUCCAUUGUGCCGCCUCAUCAAGGCAAUAAACUUAGGCUUGGGAAGUAGAGUUAUUUUGAUCCCCCAACAGGAAGAAACCUUAAGCGGUUUAAGGGGGGAAAUCUUUAAGGUAAGAUCAUUGAAUGAUGAUCAAGCUCUCGAGCUUUUCAGUUGGAAUGCAUUCUGCGAAAGAUAUCCCAAAAGUGAUUAUAAAAUGCUCUCAAAUUGUUUCACUAGUUUUUCUAAAGGGCUUCCUUUGGUACUCACCUUGAUGGGUUCUUUCUUGAAUGGCAAAAGCAUCAAGGAAUGGCAAAGAGCUUUUGAUCAAUUGAAAGAAAUCCCUCAGGGAAAGGUUCAUGAAAUACCGAGGAUUGUUAUCAAUGGCUUAGAGGCCAACGAGAGGAUGAUUUUUCUUGACAUUGCGUGUUUUCUCAAUGGAUAUGACAAAGAAGAGAUCAUCAAAUCCCUAAACCAAUGCGGGGUCCUUGCGAAUAGUGGGAUUGAGAUUCUGGCUCAAAAGUCACUUGUAUACAUUGAUGAAAAUAACAAAAUAUGGAUGCAUGAUUUGAUUCAAGAAAUGGGUAGACGGAUCGUGAUUCAAGAGUGCCCUAAUAACCCUAGUAAGCGAAGUAGAAUAUGGCAUCAUGAGGAUGCUCUACAAGUGGUUAGGCAAAACUCGGGAACAAAGGCUAUUGAAGGCAUUAAAUUAGACAAGAUAGAUGUACAAGACUUGAUCUUGCAUGCAAACUCAUUCAAAAAGAUGAAGAAGCUUAGGCUAUUUAUGAUGGCCGAUCACGUCCUUGACUGUGGACCGGCCGGACAUCUAUCAGAAAAGUUGCAGGCACAUUUCGCACGGAACGGUGGUAUUAUGCUUGCGUUUUGGGAGGUGCUGGUGAAGAGAAUUUCCAAGUUCUGGUCUCGUGGAGCUUGA